CUUUUUAACAAGUAGCUUUUUUUUUGCUCUCCUCUUUUGUUUCUACACUUGAAUUAUUUUUUAUUUUUCAACGUAGAUUUAUAACACUCCCAAACUUUUUUCUUUGAAAAAACAAAAACAAAACAAAACAUAUCAUUAUGUCUCGUCUUUACGUUGGUCGUCUUCCCCGCGACUUCCGCGACCGCCGCGACGCCGAGGACGUGAUGCACGACUUUAACAACCGCGAGUUUAUGGGCGAGCGUCUUUUGAUUGAGCCCGCUCGCGUCGAGCGUCGUUCGGAGCGCGGGGAUCGCGGGGAUCGCGGAGGGGAGCGUCGUCCGGAGCGCGGCGAUUUUGGUCGUCGUGAGGAGCGUGGCGCCCGUGGCGCUCGUAUGGGCGGCCCGAUGAGCGCGCCUCAGAGGACUCCGUUCCGCAUGCUGGUCGAGAAUCUGUCGUCGUCUGUUAGCUGGCAG